AUGUCCAACAUCGUGGACAACGUACUGCACUGCUCUAAUGCAGGUGUCGAUACUGCGGUUGACUUGGAUGACAUUCUCUGUGUGGUGACCAACCCAUCGGGAUAUAGUGUGCUGUUCUUCCAAGAUCUAGAGCGUGUGUAUCUGAACAAGUUGGAGAUCACGUCUCUGCCCACGGAGCUCGUUCCCUUUGAAACAACCAUUCCCCCUCAUUUGCGCGAUGCUACAGUCCAUGUCGUGAUAUCCACGGGCUCGGGGAUGGGCAAAGCUAAGACCAUUUAUCAGGAUGCGGUGCUGCCAUUUCUGACAUAUCUGGGCAUCGACCAUUCCGCUCAUGAGACGAAGGACACACAAACAGUUUCCCACCUAGCUCGAACGCAGUUCUUGGAGCAGGCGCAUCAAGGCAUUCCGCAAACCAUCAUCCUUCUAUCGGGCGAUGGGGGUUUGGUGGAUAUCCUCGACGUGUUCUACAGAUCGAACGGGACAGUCAAACUUGCCCCCAGCCUGGCUUUGAUCCCCUGUGGCACAGGGAAUGCUAUGGCAAGUUCCAUUGGAUUACGUUCGGGUUCGCUACCAGGUCUUUCGACUUUACUCCACGGUAAUCCCACCUCGGUGCCUGUCUUUGCGGCCAAGUUCUCCCCUGGCAGUCGGUUAGUUGUCGAUGAGGGCCGUCUACUCGUCCCAAUAGACCAGGACAAUGAAUCCGUGCCGCAUACGCUAUGGGGCGCGGUGGUGGUUAGCUGGGGGCUCCAUGCGGCCUUGGUUGCUGACAGCGACACAGCUGAAUACCGCAAAUUUGGGGUUGAUCGGUUCAAGAUGGCGGCCAAUGAACUGCUCUACCCCUCAGAUGGUGCUCCGUGUCAUGCCUUCAAAGGCCAGAUCAGUAUAGUUACGUCGGAGGAUCCUACCAAAACUCAACAACUGGAAGAACUCGAGCACAUGUACGCACUUGCCACGUUGGUUCCCCGGCUGGAGAAAGAGUUCUUGAUUUCACCGGAUUCGGAGCCCCUUGGGGGCCAGAUGAAAUUCAUUCGGUUUGGCCCUAUGGCCCCCGAGGACGCGAUGCGAUUGAUGAGUCUCGCCUACCAAGGCGGACAGCACGUGCAAGAAUCGACCGUGACCUAUGCAGAUGUGGAAACUCUGCGAAUUGAUUUCCAAGAAGAGGAUGAAAAGUGGCGGCGCAUUUGUAUUGACGGGAAGAUCGUGGUGGUCCAGAGGGACGGUUGGGUGGAACUCCGCAAAGAGUCCAACCGGUUACUUAACCUGCUUUCUUUAUCAUGGAAUCGAGAAGAUUCGAUGCUGAUCACUGCGCGCACGUAUUCGGCCUCUCAAACCCCAGAUCAAGGUGCAACACCUUCCACUGAACGGACAUCGCGGUAUCAUACCCUCGCAGGGUGGCGGAAGGAUCCGAUCGAUGCCCGUCAAGCAGCCGAUAUGCUGUUAAUCCACCAAGUUGGAAGUGUGCGGGUGGGAGAAGUGGUCAGGUAUACUAUCACAUACACCCCGGCUGCCGAUCCUAUCCUGCCUAUUCCUGCCGACCUCUACGUCCGAGUGAGGAAUACAUCGGCCAUUCCGUUGCGCGCCGCCUACCUCCAUGGCCCUUACACCCUGUAUGCUGCUUGCUAUCCCGCACAAUACGACCCAAACACCAAAUUCGAGAAGCAAGGAAUUGAGGGAACACCACAGUAUGAGCCAUACCUUAAAGCCGGAGGCGGUUGGGAUGCUACGAUCAAAAUCCCGUCUCAUCUCCUAGAGGCGCAUGAAUUCGGGUCUCCGGGCCAAGGGGGCCCAACCAGCGGACAGAGCGUCACAUGGAUCGUUGAGAUCCAAUCUCAAGUGAUAUUCUCGACCAGUGCAGCGGUUCACUUUGAGCUACUUGUGAGCCGGGAUGAGAAGUCUUUGGCCUACUUUUCUGGCGGUGCGUGGAGCAGUGGGAGUGGUCCUCCCGGGAAACUGCUCGACCAUUGGGAGCCGAAUACCAAAGGCAAACAAGUACUGGCGUCUAAGGGAGUGUACUCAAAGGCCAUCACUGCUCAUGUUGACGAUACAAACAGUCUGUGGAAUAGUCCAUCGUUCCCCUCCGCCAAAGAGGCUUCCAACAUGGCUGAGCCGGGAGGUGUAGAUUCCCAGCCUGUGGCCGAGAAUUCGAAGCCGACGGAGAACCCAGACAACUCAGCGAAGAGAGCCAAAAAGAAAAAGGUCCACCUUGUCUUGCUGACGCACGGAUUGCACAGCAACUUGGGCGCAGAUAUGCUUUUUCUCAAGGAAAGCAUCGAUGCUGCAGCCAGGAGUCCGCACAAGAACUCUCAUCAUACCACAACUCCUCAUGUGGAUCCCAUUGGACCAGAAAAUCCCAGUAGUUCUGCCGAUAGCAACCACAACAUCCAAGCGGACAGUGACUCGGAUGAAGAAGUCAUUGUGAGAGGGUUCUCUGGCAAUGCCGUCCGGACUGAGCGUGGAAUUCAGUACCUUGGGAAACGGUUAGCCAAAUACGUGUUGCUUCUUACAUAUCCCGACCAGCCCUACUUUCCCCUGAAGGGUCCGAAGCCAAACCCAUUUUCUCGCCCUUUCAGUGCUCGCAAGGACCGACCCCAGCCAUCUUCGACUGCAUCAACCCAGGAAAACCAAGCAGACACUGACGAUCAUGCUUACCAAAUUACAAGCAUUAGUUUCAUCGGUCACUCGCUUGGGGGUUUGGUUCAAACUUAUGCAAUCGCCUAUAUCCAAAAGCAUUCGCCUCAGUUCUUUGACCAGAUCAAACCCGUCAAUUUCAUUGCAAUGGCAACCCCAUUCCUUGGUCUUAGCAAUGAAAAUCCCAUGUACGUUCGAUUCGCUCUGGACUUGGGAUUAGUUGGCCGUACGGGGCAAGAUCUUGGCCUGAGCUGGACGGCACCCAAGGUCCGAAAUGGCUGGGGAGCCAUGAUCGCCGGACGGGGAGAUGCGGCAAAGGACCCAAGCAACCCAGAGCCCGGUUCUAAGCCUCUUCUGCGGAUCCUGCCCUGUGGUCCUGCUCAUAAGGUUCUCGGCAAAUUCCAACACCGUACCGUUUACUCCAAUGUGGUGAACGACGGAAUAGUUCCACUGCGGACCUCGUGUCUCCUGUUUUUGGACUGGAGAGGUCUCGAUCGGGUCGAAAAAGCCAGGAGGGACAAUGGUCUUGUUGGAACAAUGGCAGAAUGGGGAUGGGCAGAGCUGACUGGAGCCAACUCCAAAUCACCGCGCUUUGCUCGCUCAGGCGAGGAAUCGCCGCUGAGCCUUUCCACUUCAAACGUUGGUUUGCAAGAUACCCGGUCUCUCGGGGUUGCAACAAGCCCAAAUGGCAACCAAGGAGACAAAAGUCCCCUCUCCCCAAAGCCAGGGCAAUUCUUGGCACAACGCCAACACAGUACCUCUCAGAGGGGCCCUCCAAACGGUGCAUCAGAGAAUACAACCCUCGGUCCUAUUGACAGCUUCUUGUCAAUGUUCCGUCCCAAGGAGAAGAAAUCCCUCGGCAGCAAACAGUCCAAAAUCUAUAAUCGGAGCCAGACUCUGGGGGCGCUCGAUACCGAUGUUGACCAUCCCCCGCCGGUUGCUCACAGUCAGCAUGAACAAGGAGUACACACUCCUCCCAAAACCACUUUCUUCGAGUCUGCCGGAGACUUAUUGAUGCCCCCGCUUCCCCCUCCUGAAUUUAUUCUGGAUCCUGCUACGCGACCCCGGACAAUCUUCCAUGAUCGCGUGUACCAUCCAGAGGACAUCCCCAACCCAUUGCCGGCGAAGCGACGCACAUUGAACUUUGGUUCGCUACAAGGUAAACAAUCCAAGUCUGCACCCACCUCUGCCACUCAACAUUCCUCGGACUGUAGCAAUACAAAUGUCGAGAGUGGCCUUAAGAUCGAGGAGAAAAUUGCAAGGGCUUACCACCGCGACCUGUCGUGGCGGAAGGUUCUUGUUCGGCUUGAACCUGAUGCUCAUAACAACAUCAUCGUACGACGCAUGUUCACCAAUGCUUAUGGCUGGCCUGUCGUCAAACACUUGGUUGACACCCACUUCGGUCACGCACCCCUCGUGGAUGUCGAGGAUUCCAUGAAACAGAAUGUGGACAGAGUCAAAUCUCCGGGAGUUGGACCAACUAGUUCGGGUGACGAGGUAGAAGGCCAAUCUGGAUCCGAACCUGGUCCCCAACUCAUCCGAAGCGACACUGACAUACUAUCGAGUGUCUCUGGCCUCUACGUGUCGGAGGAUGUAUCCGAUGAUGGUGCUUACGCCGGAAUGGAUUCCCCUCGCACGUUGAGUGCCAGCGAAAGAGCACAGUACCCGGAGGUCUCCAGACAAGAUUCAGCUCGAUGGACUGAUCGUGAGAUUGAUGAAGAUGACGACUGCGAGUCCGGUUUGGAGGACAGUAAUGUUGGAUUUCGGUGGUCGCGGCAUAAAUAG